UUAAUUUCUUUUGAGGUUACUCUCCUUCCAUGUUUUGUUCUAUUCUUUUUUGUUGCUUUUUUAUUGUGCAUUCUAGAGCCUGCCAACAUGUCACUGUUUGAGACUGAAGGACCCUUGCUGCUGACCCUGAGCUGCCCUAUCUGCCUGCAACUCCUCUCUGACCCCAUGUCCCUGCCCUGCGGCCACGUCUACUGCUCGGCCUGCCUUAGGAAGUACAUGGACACUGACACGGCCAGCCACUUCUGCCCUGAGUGCCAGGUCGAGUUCCAGGUCUCCCAGGCCCUCGUGAAGAACUUCAACAUGUGCAACAUCAUCGAGAGCUACAAAGCCAAUACUGCAGGGAAGGUCAGUUCCGUCACAGAUGGAGAUGGUGGUGAUUUCCACCAAGGGGUAGUGUCACCUAACCAGAGCAACGAUGAGACGUCUGAGGGUCUAUUAGAUAUAGAGCAACAGGAGCCACAACAUACAGGGAAGGAGGCCUCUGAGACAGGCUUGGGAGAUGUGGCUGCUGUGCCCCCUACUUUUCAGAAGGAAGAACUGCUGGUGGAUGUCAAGACCGAGACGGCGAUGAUGGACAAGUCUAAACUCCUAUUAGCAUCUCAGGUAACGGAGCUGACGCUGAGGCUUCAGUUGGCUGAGGACCGACUGAGGAAGGAGGAGGAGAGGGAGGCCGAGGUCAGGACCGCCAACGCCCUGCUGAGAAGAAGGGCGGCCAAGCUGCUGGAGCAGAUGACGGAGCUGACUCUCAAAUAUGUUAGUGGGAUGACGGAGUUGAUCGAGACGGAACUGCAUCCCAGUGAGGAGAGCAUAGGCGGCCGUGUGCGCCAAGCCUCUGAGCUCAGGGAGAAGUUGAGGGAGGCCCAGCUCCGAGCCAAAUCGCUCCUGACCGAGCAAGACAGUGGGGUGUUCAGUGUCGGGUUUCAGGCGGAACAACUGCACAUCAUGGAGCUGAUGGUCCAGAAGCCUCUAGAGGAGUUGGACAACAAGUCAAAAGUUAACCCGGACCGUGCUUGCGCUGAGCUGGAAUGGAGGAGUGCGGAGUUGAGGGCGGGAGUCGGGGCAGCCCAGCGCUCUUUGUGCUACGUCCUCAACCCCUCAGAGGUGACCUUUGACCUAGACACGGCCCACCCCAGCCUGGUCCUGUCAGAGGACCUGAAGACGGUGACCUUCAGCGCCAAAAAGCAGCCCUACCCAGCACUGCCCACGAGGUUCAGUAGCUUCCUCCAGGUUCUGAGCACUCAGAGCUUCUGGGGAGGCGAGCAUCGCUGGGAGGUGGAGCUGGAUGGAUCUUCUCCAUGGAUAAUUGGAUUGUGCUACAGCAAGGCAGUAGCACGCAGCGGGCUAACAAGCGCCCUGGAGAGCAGCCAGGGCUCCUGGUGCCUGAUGUGGUUUGACAACCUGCUGAGAGCCUUCGAGCAGAGCCAUGACGUCCCCCUGAAGAGAACCCUGUCAGUAUGCAGACUGGAGAUCACGUUAAGCUUUAAGACUCAGAGGCUGAGCUUCUAUAACAUCAGCCAAUACAGUGGGAAGACUCACGUGUACACCUUUAAGGCGAACCUCACGGAGCCGGUGCAUCUGGCCUAUAGGAUGAUGUCAGGCCAACCGAAGGCACGCAUAACAGUAUGCUCUUGAACUGUCACUGGAACAAAAGAGAACCACAUACAAGAUUACAUUGACUCUUGUUUUUAUUUAUCCUGUAUUCAUACCAAACUUUUGUGUUAUUUACAUGUAAUUGUGUUUCAAGUGUUUGUGGAUACAGAGGUGUUUUGGUCUGUGAAUGACAGUAAAGAGAAAGAGUUCUUAUUUACAUUGAAUGACACAUGAACCCAUUGUUCUUCAAUGAAUGUCUGUUUUUGUCAUUAAAGAAACGGUUUGGGACAAUAAAUUGAUGAUACAUCAAACCAAUGACUGUAUACAGUCGCUAGUGAAAGUCUACACAGCCCUUGCACAGUCUUCACAUUUUGCUGCCAUCAAUUGAAAUCUCCAAAGAGAAUACAUUCCCACCGAUCUACACAACCAACUCCACAUUUCGAUAGUUAAAGACAAAUUAUAGAACAUUUUC